AAAACUGUUGAUUAUUUAAGAUAAUAAUAGAAAAUAUGACGGGUCGGCAGAUACGUCGUUUGCUGUAYGGACUGCUGAUUUUAGCAUUAUUUGUCAUUGUUUUACAYAGUGGUCGUACUGCAUAUUGGCUGGCUAAGGAUGGACAUUACUCAGGACAACCACACAUUCCCACCGAAGAUCAGCUAGAUUACAAUGAACAACAGAACUUACAAUAUUUGGAGUCACCGAUUCAAACUUUACAAACAUACAAUUCUUUAAUGAUGGAACCGAAUGAAAUUUCAAAAUCGCAAUUACCAUGGUAUUUUAAAGAUGGCUUACGGAGGCCGAGCAGUGCUAAAAGGAAUACAAAGACUGUACAAAGAAUUACACAGGUGUGGCCUAAAGAACAAAAAAACGGUGACCGCAUUGAAAACCAACURAUGUUCAUACCACCUAACUACCGAUACGACGAUGAACCGAAAAAAAAAAUUUUACUUUACAAUGGUUUAAGUAGUUGGAUGAUAGAAGAUGGGCAGAAUGUAUUUAUCUCGCAAAAAUGUCCGGUAAAUAGAUGCACAAUCACUUCGAAAAAGUCAGAAGCUCCAGAUGUGGACGCAAUUUUAUUUCGUGAUCAUUUCUCACAUCCCGGUCACAGAAAAACUGCUAAACAAGUAUGGAUUUUAUAUUUUCUCGAGUCGCCGUACCAUACAGAACUGAUCACUUACAAUGAUGUGUUCAACUGGACAGCGACAUACAGACACGAUAGCGAUAUCGUCACGCCAUACGAACGAUGGGCGUACUUCGAUCCGUCAGUGACACAAUUUGAACGACUAGAACGGAAUUACGCGUUGAACAAGACGAAACAAGUGGCGUGGUUUGUAUCAAAUUGUGGCGCCAAGAAUGGCAGAUUACAAUAUGCCAGGGAAUUGGCUAAAUAUAUAUCAGUAGACGUAUACGGCGUGUGCGGGCAAUCCAAGUGCCCUAGAUCGGACAAGUGUUUCCAAAUGCUGGAUAAGGAUUACAAAUUUUAUUUGGCUUUUGAGAAUUCCAACUGUCUCGACUACGUGACUGAAAAGUUUUUCGUUAAUGGCCUCCAGCAUAACGUUCUGCCAAUCGUGAUGGGUGGGCGCCGGGAAGACUACGAUCGGAUUGCGCCCAAGCGAUCGUUCGUACAYGUGGACGAUUACGAGUCGCCCAAACGGCUGGCCGAGUACCUGCGACAGUUGGACGCCRACGACGACUUGUACAACGAGUACUUCCGGUGGAAAGGCACCGGCGAGUUUAUCGAUACGAAGUUCUUUUGCCGACUGUGCGCGAUGCUGCACGACGACGGCGCGCCGACCAAACACUACAGGAACAUCAACGACUGGUGGCGAGGUCAAGGCGUCUGCAACAACGCUAUGCCGUGGCGGCGGUUCAUCGAGUCACCUUUCGAGGCCGGCGAGCCGUCUGUCCCACAACCGGCGCUCAGAGGCGACUAGCGGUUACCGCGGGCGGCGGCCGCGGCACUCGACUAUAUCACGGGUCGCUGGCAACGCCGACGCCGCCGCCGGAUCACUGGCGAGCCGUCGUCGUCGUCAAAAGUCGACUUCUGGCCACCCGGCGGCGCCGCUCGGAAGACGUUUCCGGCCACCGCGGUGGGUCCGCCGCCGCCGCCUGCACGACCCAAAGUCCGGAAACAGCAGUCAGCACCGGUGCCACCGCCGCCGCCUCACGUACGUAUGUCGAACGCUGCGCGGAGACGACGCAGAGGUCGUCGGAAGAACUUUCGCGACGGGUCUCGGCCCGCUGCUGCAGCACGUUCUCGUCGUGCGUAGACGACUCGACGGUAUACGACAGAUGCAUCUAACCUGCAGCUGCAGCAAGUGCACGGCGCCGAAAUAUCCGUAUAAUAUUAUCCUCAUCAUAWWGUGCGGUAUAGYGUAUUCGUCAAAACCGAUAUUUCUCACUGCCAACCCAGCAUCACGCGAAAUUARUGAUAUGCAGUCCGCCUAAGCCGAUCACAUUCGUACUUUAAACUAUACGUCCUAUAUAUGGAAUAAGUUAUAUACAAGCGGCUGUGUGCAGGGUCGAUCAGAGGCGAUCCGAUUGGCGGCUGACGAAGGCGCCUCGUUCAAUCGACCACCCUCCACCUAUCCUGUAUUCACAUGUCAUGAGCAUCGAUUCGAUUCGUUUUGUYGUACAAAUAAUAUGAUACUAUUGAUUCUCCGAGACUAUAAGACGACGUCGUUGCGUCAAUGCACACAGACUUGCACAAAUAUCUGUACAUUCACAAUUGAAGCGUUUCAAUAAUAAUAAUGCUAUUAUUCCAUGAUGUUGAUUAUUUGAGUAAAAUCUGUUGUCAAAAAUCGAAAAAGUACAAAUUCGUUCUGUUAAAGUACAAAAUACCUGUACAUUGUACAAUAGAAUAAUUGAGAACAAUUAUUUGUCUAACAACAAGUAUAAAAUUAUUUAUUUCUGUCUACAACGGAUUUCAGUGCAUAAUAUGUUCYAUUAUAAAUAUUUUAAUAUGAGUGAUCAUAAGAACAUCUUCCACUGGUAUGAUGUUUAAGGAAAUUCUACAAUAUUAUAUUAUUUAUAAUGUAUUUUUAACUAAUCAAAUUUUAUUAUCGACUGAAUUAUAGACAUAUUUAAACAUAUUUAUUCACUGAUAUAAAAAUCAUUUUWCAUAACACCGCGUUAUAUAAAUAUYAUACAUUAAUUAUUCGCGAUAAUAUUUAGAAAAUUGUAUCAACAUAUA